AUGGGAAACAGCCCUGGGACGAGUGUGGAGGAACUACAAGCUUGUGAGAGUCAUCAGUGGUACAGGAAAUUCAUGACUGAGUGCCCAUCUGGAGUUCUCACCUAUUACGAGUUUAAACAGUUCUUCGGCCUGAGGAAUCUGUCGGAAGCGUCAAAUGCCUACGUUUUGACCAUGUUCUCAACGUUUGAUAUGAACGGUGAUGGCUACAUUGAUUUCAUGGAGUAUGUGGCCGCUCUGAGUCUGGUGCUAAAGGGAGGCGUGCAGCAGAAGCUCCGUUGGUACUUCAAACUGUAUGAUGUAGAUAGGAGUGGCUACAUCGACCAAGAGGAGCUACUUCAGAUAAUUAAGUCCAUCCGUGCAAUCAAUGGCAGUACCAGCGAGAUUUCAGCAGAGGACUUUGCCAACAUGGUGUUUGAAAAGAUUGACGUCGAUGGAGAUGGUGAACUGUCCUAUGAUGAGUUCAUGGAGGGGAUUCAGAAUGACGAAAUGCUGCUGACGACACUAACAGAGAGUUUGGACCUCACACAUAUUGUCAGCAAAAUUCAAGAAGAGAUGAGAGCCAACACCUGAUACCUCUAUCUUUAUUGACACUGAAAUAAACAUUUUUGUAUAACCGUUCCACAGCUGAAGAGGUGGAUAAUCCAUAAAUCAUCAUCAGGAUGAAAGGAUGUGGACCAAUCUCUGGGUCACUGUCAAAGAACAGCAUUUAACUCCUCUGAGUUUACUAACUCAGACUAACAAAGACAAAUAUUAAUGUUGUAUUCAAUGACACACUUAAAGGUAUUCUACUGCAUAGUUUAUAAUGCUUUCAACAUGCACCUUAAACAUAAAUAUUGUGACAAUGCUUUACAGUCAAAAUAAUUUAUAUGCUGCAAUAAAAUGUAAUUUUGUCUUCUGAAAUAGUCAGACAAAUCAUAAAGACAGAUUAAUACCUUAACUCUUUGUUGGACUCUAGCUGAAGUAUAAAACUACAUGAUUUCAGUCCAAUCUCCAUAAAGUGCCAUUAUUGAAUUUAUGUUGUAGCUAUUGCAUGAAUUUUUACAAUACAUAAGCUACGCGUUCAGUUGAAUGUGUUUAGGUGAAACCUACAGGUUCCUUAAUUGUAGUGUUUCACAUAAUGUGCAGUAGAGCCACCUAGAUCUCCCUACAUCUGAGACAGUAGAUGAUGCAUAUUUGAGAUUAAACAAGUACCUUAUACUA